AGUGCGGUGGACUACUGCAUGCAAUUACAAAUGCAUGUAAAACACCGGAGGAAGAGAAGCUGCAAAAAGAAACAGGUCAACGCCCAAAGAUUUAUUGUUUUCACUGGAAAGUUGACAUUGUGCGAAGAAAGUGUCUGUCGGAAAUAGAUAUUACUAAGAAUGCAGUAUUUUUUAUGGAAAAGUAAUAUUUUUUAACAUCGCUAAAUCUUCACAUCUGUCUCUUUCACAAAGCGGGUUGUGGCAGAAACGUACCAAAGGGAAUAAAUGCUGUGCUUACGGAACACUGGUGACUGCUUUCGGGAGCAGAUGCAGUACAUGAUGAGGUCACUGCAGGACCUAAAGCAAGUGCGCAGUGGGUGUGCGCCAGCCAACCACUCCUUUGCAGUGUCACAUUCCUGCCAGCAGGGGACAUUGCAGUGGGAGCGACCGACGAGCCACCGAAUCUCAGAUGCCAGUGAUGCCAGUGCUUACGAUUCUGCCUGCUGUCUGGCUGGUCCCCAGGAGGAGAGGGAGGAGAGGGGCAGCCGGCUGGCGCUGAUUUCCCGCAGCAGCGAAAGGAGCCUGGACGUGGAUUCAGGGUAUUCUGAGGCAUCUUGGCAGGACGAUGGGGUGGUGUUACGCCGGUGCCGAAAUCACCGGACCAACAGGGCCGCCAGCAGUCGUGCGCGGCCCAAAUCCACCUCAGAUGCCUGUCUGGAGCGCUGGACAUCCUUUGAGGCCAGUGACCCUGCAGACUGGACAACAUCUCUUCUGACCCGUGGUCGUAACCGGCAGCCUCUAGUACUAGGGGACAACAGUUUUGCGGACCUCAUAGAGAACUGGAUGGACCUACCAGAUUGCCCUGACCCAGCAGAUCUCAAGCCCAAGCUUGGACAAAGGCUUGGCAAAGACCUUCUGGUCAACAUGCGGCGGAAAUUAGCUGGAGUGUCAAAAAACUUGGAGAGUCGGGGGAGAUUGGCGAAUUCAACUCGGCUCAGCAGAUCUGCUGCAGCACCGAAACGUCUCUCUUGCCCCGUUGGGUUCCAGGCGCAAGUUCCUUUCUUUCACCAGUCCCACACAGGCUUAAAUGAGACAGGAAGGGACUUUCACCAAUUCACCGCUCUCAUGAAGACUGGUAGUCGACAGCCAAUCAUAUGUAAUGACAUAAUUGGGUACAUCUAACCGACCACUACAGCUAAUUAUUUAUGUCUUUUCCAUUAAAACACUGCUUCAGAACAUACUCUAUUUUUGUAUCCUGUAUAUUUGUCAAUAAUGUUAUGUUAAAAUAAAAUUUUAUGUAAUGAUAAAAAUGUU